UGACGUCAGUUAGCCGCAGCAACGGAGCUUCCUGUGCUGAUGUGCGCAAAGUGAAAGAGGCUACAUGAUGCUCUCUACUCCUGCUGCUGGACUUCUUUUAAUAUUAGCUUGGAUUUAUCCAAGUCACGCACUCUAUUUCCACAUAGGAGAGACGGAGAAAAAAUGCUUCAUUGAGGAAAUUCCAGAUGAGACCAUGGUUAUUGGAAAGUACAGGACUCAGCUGUGGGACAAACAGACCAGUUCCUUCCUCCCAUCCACUCCUGGACUUGGGAUGCAUGUCGAGAUCAAGGAUCCAGAUACAAAGAUUAUCCUCUCUCGUCAGUAUGGGUCAGACGGACGGUUCACCUUCACCUCCCACACUCCUGGAGAACAUCAGAUCUGUCUGCACUCCAACUCCACCAAGAUGGCUCUGUUUGCAGGUGGAAAACUGAGAGUGCAUCUGGAUAUUCAGGUCGGAGAACAUACCAACAACUACCCUGAAAUUGCAGCUAAAGACAAACUCACCGAACUGCAGCUGCGAGUCCGACAGCUUCUGGACCAAGUGGAACAGAUCCAGAAGGAGCAAAACUACCAGAGGUAUCGCGAGGAGCGCUUUCGCAUGACGAGCGAGAGCACCAACCAGCGCGUUCUCUGGUGGUCCAUCGCUCAGACGCUCAUCCUCAUCGUCACCGGGAUUUGGCAGAUGAAGCACCUCAAGAGCUUCUUUGAGGCCAAGAAACUGGUGUAAUGUCUGCCUGAGCAAUGGCAGCAUCAGGAAACAACAAUAACAUGAGUAGACAGUCUUGACUGACCGGAACAAAGAGACGCCCACCCACAGAGCCACAGACACAUCCAGGAGGAGACGUGUGGUCUUAUUAUCAGCCAUAAACGAUACUAGCAAAUUCACAGAGGCUGUUAUCAACCCUGGGCAAUGUGUUUUUUUCUUGUAAAUGUUUUGAGCUGUUGUUAUUUUUCCAUUAGCAGCAACACAAUAGCACACCAUUCCAAUUGCCUUCCUUGUUGUGUUUAUCAUGUUUUCUUGACAACACUGGACACGUCAUUUUUCUAUCUCCCUGUACAACCAGAAGCAGAGACAUUAGUGAACUGAGAUUGGUUUUAUGGUCAUAGAGGAGUGAAUGACUGCUGCAGUAGAUGUGUAACUAUGAGAAUGUUAAAGCUGUUACAAGUAAUAACAAAUUAAUUUAUCGACACCUGAUUUUAUUUAGGCCAUGGUUUGUCAUUGUUUGUGUGUUUUAUUUCCAGAUUUUGUAACUUCCUGAACAUAUGCUUUCAGCUGUGUUCACCAAGUGGUCACACACACAGGCCAUGAUUCCUUAUGUGUACAUUUAAUAACAUUUUACUUAAACCCAUGUAUUUGGCAUUUAUAAGAAGUACAUAAGAAAUGAUUUCUAACACCCUGUAACAUAGUUGUAAGUAUCAUGGAGGACAUUUGAAGUGUUUAUCAGUGUAUCUAACCUCCCAUGAAGCAUUAGUAACUGAUAAAUAAACCGUUAAAUAAUCUUUAAAAGGGAAACACUUAAACUGACUGAUUACAACUACAUGAUAGUGUGUUGUAAACCAUUUUUUAUUUACCGUUUAUAUGCUGCUUAUAACUGUGAAAUGGGGCGUCAGAAUGAAUUGUUACCAUCCAUCCUUCUACUGACUAUGUAUAGUUUCUAGCUAGAGUCCAGUUUCCUGUAUAUUUUACCAGAGCUGGGUCUGUAGAUAGAGUUUGUGAUACUUGUCUAUGAAUAACAGGAUUCCUCUGUAUGUUGUAAAUAACAGGUAUAGCUUACUGACUGUCCUGUCCACUUUCUAAUGCCUUUUACAUGGAUUGAAUGAUCUUCAGGUCUUGGAGUUUGUUUUAGUUGUGUUACCAGGUUUUUGUGUUUUUGUUAUUGUUUCAUCAGAACCUAUUUAUUGAGCAGCUGUAGCCUGUGUUUUAAUGCUGAGCUUUAGUAACGUGUUGUAAUUUUUAUGAGCUAUUUCUGUUAAUAAUGCUGGACAGCAUUUUAAUACUUUUGCAACUUCUGCUAAUUUAGAUUCCUAAUGAGGAAGAACUUGUCAUUAGAAAGAAACAUAAUGAGUCAGUGGGUUCCAGUUUUAACAAAGUUGAUUUUUUUACAUGCAAAAUUUCGAUUUAAGUCCAAUUCUUGAGAUGCAAUAUGUUAGGGGACUAAAUUCUUUUUAAAGUUGUUUAAGUAACACUCUUAAAGUUUUCCAAUUUUUACUGUGUUCUGGAUGCCACCUCCAUGUGCUUAAUAAAGAAACUUUGGCCGAA